UAAUUAUUGGAUUUAUUCUCUUUUCUUCGCUAAGACCAAAAAAAGGAUAGCAAAAUGGGUUGUCUAUCGGGAAUAGUCAACUUUAUUUUAUAUAUUGUUAAUAUUGUGUUUUUGAUCGUUGGCAUCCUUCUGAUCGUGCUGGGCUCGAUCAUGUUGUCCGAUCUUAGCCACUUCGAUGCCGCGGGAGAUGGAACGAACACCAACACCAUUCCCAUCUGCAUCACCGUUCUGGGAGGCCUGAUCUUCGUGGUGUCCUUCUUCGGCUGCUAUGGAAUCUUCAGGCAGAGUGCCUGCAUGACUGGAGCGUACACCAGUAUGGUGUUCGUACUGUUCAUCCUGCAACUGGUGCUCACCUGUUGGGUGUUCGUGAACCGAACGGCGUUCCUGGGGGACAUGAGCAACCUGGUGAACAUGCUCUGGCGCUCCCAGGACUUCGGUGCCAUGGGCGUCCUGGAGGAGACCUUCGGCUGCUGCGGCGACACCAGCUACACCAACUACCUCAACCUCAACCUGUCGGUUCCCGGAACCUGCUGCGGCUACUUGAACCGCCAGACGACCUGCCCUUCGCCCUCGGUAUACGAAUCGAGACCUGGCUGCAGCCAGAAGUUCGUGGAGUUCUGGAACGACAACAUGGACAUCAUUCGCUGGUCGGGCUUGGGUCUCUGCAUCUUCGACCUGAUCGUCUUCCUGAUCGCCGGAGCCCUCACAAACUGUAUGCGCAACCAGAACGCCGGACGACAGGUUUAUGCCUAGAUUCUGUACGAAUUUGACCAUGAUAAACAAUAAUAUUUAUUAAUAAAACAUUUUACCAAUUACAUAAAAUAAACCUAAUUCUUAAAACCGA